GACAGUCUUGAAUAUUCAGCGCGACCAAGGCGACUAUGUUUUCCCACGGUAAAGCUAAGGAUUCCUUGUAUUAUUGCCGACAGCAAUUACUUGGACACAAUGUUCUUAUCUGCUGAUUGCGGCCUUGAAGACUUGAAGUACGGAAUUUUUUGACCUUUCGCUCCUAAAAGUACUUAUGUGUCGCUUUUGAAAACGUCUAGCAAGGUCUACACAUCUUUCUCCUGUUGUUUGUCUGGAAAGGUAUGAUUUUCAUUUUCGGUUUGUGUAUACUUUUGUGAAGUGAUCUUAAAAAUAUCUCGCUGCAAAAUUCUGAACAAUAUCUUUUAUCUUCGAAAGAAUAGGAGAAAAACUAUCAAUUACAGCGCUUACUUCGAAUUGUGAAUUUGCUCACGCAUACAGGAUAUAGCAGAUACCGGACAAGUUGAGAAGAAUAUUAUAUCCAAUGAAGUAGAUUGCGAGCUUAUGUGCAGUGAAGUGUGCCGAACGUCUUGAAAACAUCGGGAAGUUUACUGCGAAUAAACUACAGUCGCAGUGGGAAAGGUCGUUUUGAGAUGGGUGAGUGUCUGACAAUUGUGUGACUUAUAGAAAUUACGGCGAAUGUUUUAAUUUUAAGACAUGCGGGAAGACAUUAACCUAAACCAUUUGAUUGAAUGAAAGCUUAACCUUCUGUCUGAAAUUUCAACUAUAAUUUUUAACCCUUUGGAAGAAGAAACUUCUGACCGUUCUGUCCUUUCCGCAGCCAGCCAUGUAAUGAUCUUGUCUCUCACUCUCUCUGAUAUUAAAAACGCGGCGAUUCAAUUCACAGAUUCUUGCGCGUGUUGCAUUUAUGAUUUCCGUUUUGAAUGUGAGGAAAAAAUUUACUUGAUCCUGCCAAAUUUAAGCCGUCUUACAGACCUCAACAUAAAAAUAUCCUCACAUGUUCUGUAUUUUUAACAGGAAACGUUUUGGGUUUUGAUGUUGUGACAUUUAUUUCCAACAGCAGUAGCAGACAUUUGUAGUUUCUCGAUAUAAUAUCUGCACGCUUCCUCCACGUAGCUAGAAUAUAUGCAUGUCGAAAUUUCUAUUUUUUUUUUUUUUUUUGCAAAGGUCCAAAUUAGUCUUAAGCUUAUUAUUAAAAACCGCUUACACAAAUUAAACUACUCUGAUCGAUCGCUGUUUUUGCUUGUACGUAUGUACUGUGGUAAAAAAAAAUGGAAAAUUUAGAAAUCAUUGUUGUCAAAUGUACAAUAUUUUUAUUUUGUCAACGGCGAUCGAAUGUGCAGCAAAUUUAUAAUGAAUGGAGCUGCCCGCAGAGUGCUUUUCUUAUUAAGUGAUUUCUCACAGUUUGGCGUAAGACUUUAGCUCUUGAAGGAAUAAAAUGGCUAGUUCUAAACAUGUACAUGUUCUCUUAUGAGAUCACAGAGAUUAAUCCUAAAAUGUCGAAACAGGAGCAAUUUUUAUUUCUUUAUGCCCUCUGAUUCUAUACAUGUAUAAACGUGCGAUCGACGUUUUGUCUUCUGCUACGCUGUAAAUAACAGUACAUGUAUUUGGAGCUCAAGAUUGAAAAGCUUUUAAACUGGAAUGUUCUGUUUCUUUAAGUUGCACCAAUGCAUUUCUAUCGUUGUUUGUAUAGACUGUGUAAACACAAGAGAAAUCACCACUCGACAGAUCUUUGUGACUUCGAUUAAAAAAUUCUGUUCCGGAGCGAGGAUUUUGCUUCCAUAUUAGGCAAAAACGUUUCUUAUAGGUGAGUUGUUCUCGGCAAGCAAAUUAUAAUAAUUUGUCUAAAAAUUUUAUGCCAUUGGGAUUCUGGCACGAAUGAUUAUUUACAUGGAGAUUGAGGGCUAAAGGGUUUUUUUGGCACGCGAUGGAAGACUUUGGCAGCAUAUUAAGACAAAAUUCUAAACAACCGAUUCGACAACCAUAUGUAUCAAUGAUAAAAUAGAUAUUCGUGUAAUAUGGGGUACAGCAGGCUGACACAACUUUGCUAGCAUAUUCUGACAGCAUUUAUUCAUGAGAGAGUAAAAAUUUGCUUCCCAAAGGUCAAUGGUAAUAGUAUACGCUCAACUUACUCUCUUCUUUUUAAUUAAAGCAGAGCUGAACAACUUCCGUUCAGAAAUUUAAAUAAUUUUUUUCUUUUAAAAUUUAGUCUCUUCUAAUCCUUGAUCCCUAUAAAACAAUCACCUUUUCUCAGCUGAGAUUAACCCCCCCCCCCAACUCCAAGGCUCAAAAUAGACUCUAUUUUUCUCAGGAUAAGAAACUGUAUAAUAUUAUGUGGGUUCAGAGUUAUUUCUGAGAACAAAGAAUUUAACCAUGUGAUGUCUGGGCUGUAUGUUUUUCCCUCUGAAUUAUUUUAUUUAAUUACAGCUUAACUGUACCUUUUUGAUUAGUAAUUUUUGGAAAUAGAACUGAUAUGAAAUAGAAGUAGACACAUAAAAAUUAUUGUAAAAUUAGGCAAAUGUUUAAAAGCUAUUGCAUACAAAAUAAUUGUACUCAAUGAUCACACCGAUUAAUUUUUGGACUCAACAUGUUGAACAGUGGUACAUUUAAAUGUAUGCAUCCAAAUUUCACAGCUUAACUGACAGAUGACCAAUAACAUCAACUUAAUUGAGCAAUCAGGUCAAUAACCAGAGUUUAAUAUCAUCAACUGACCUGAUACAACACACCUUUACUCUGAAGAUGACUACUGCACAGGUUGUCGAAACGUCAGUCACUGUCACUAACAACAGUCCUAUUCAGGACUACGUUCUCCCGGAUGAUCAUACUCAACCUACUUAUGAAAGUAUUAAAACUUGCACAAAAACAGCCGCACGCUGCCAUAUUUGUUUUCUGUAUUUCGCACGUACAAAUUGGAGUGUGGACAAUGGACUUCCCAUUGAGAAAACUUGUACAAGCUACCUUAAUUCCAAUAAUUUCAUGUUUUUAGGGCCUUAUAGAAACACCAAUAAGUGAAGUUUAGGAUUUGUUGUUAAUUUUUAGUUGAUCACUACUUUUCCUUCAGAUGAUGAUCUUGAAAGUGGGUAUCUAAGUCCUGGGAGUGAUUCAUCAAGAUCGCAGACACACAGGCUGCACAACAAUUUUAUGAUGCUAGAAAAUAAGGUUGGAGAUUUUUGUUUGAGAUGUCAAACCUCUGUUUGGGCCAAAGCAGUGCUAAUUAACUGAGAAACUGUAUAAUUUUUUCUUAUAAUUUAUUAGGCAUUAGAUUUGGCACACGUGAAGUUUGACCUCUGAAACAUUCAUAGCUUCUUGUAUAAGAGCAGUAAAGAAUUAUGUCUUUAUGGCAGCCGGUCAUUAGUGUUCAUCUCAGAGAGGUGUCCCUGUUUAAUUUUUUUGCAGUACUACUCGGCCGUUCUUUAUGUUUCAUGAACAGCGGUAUGCGACUCUUGUCAUGCGGCAAAGAAUCACAUACAUGUAGCUACAGCUUGCAAUUCUUAAAUUUGACUUCUUUGUGUGUUAGUCACCAAAAAGGUUCACAAUGGAUUGUUAAAAUGGUGCAAGAACUUUAGCCAUGACACUUACAGUUUUUAUGGCAUAUCAUGCCCUACGAGAAUUGCAUUCUGCAUUCCAGGAAUUGUGUUGCAUGCAACGAGAAUUGCAUAGCACAUGUUGUGAUUUGCGUCUUGCGAGAGAGAGGGUGUUAAGUAACUUUUUAUCGGUAUUGAAGGUUGAAGUCCUUUAGAGAGAGCUUCUUGACUAUGGGAUUUCUCUUUUCACUCUUACUGACAUUUGUCAGCAUUUCAGUCACAUACAAUGUACAUGUGUACAUUAUUCUUAACACCUUCCUCCAUAUAUUUUCUUGUUUCACUAAUACUUCUAAUUUGUUUUAAAUUUAUCUUUUGUCAUCAUUUCCUUUACUGUACAGUGUGCAUGUAGGAUUAAUGUCAGUUACAGGUUUACCAAUUUGCUAUGAAUUUUACAAAAUCACCUUUUGAAACUAGUUGAGCUUAUUUCCUGGUCACUGUGUCUGGCUAUAAUGAGCCAAAAUGGGGUUAAGAAGUCAAUUCACUGCCUUCUGUACCAUAUUUAUGCAAAAUAUCAUCUUCCAAAGUUCAGGCAUGUGCAGAAAGCAAAUUUGAGAUAGUUUUGGGUUUAAUAGUGACACAGAAGACUCGACUUUUACUUUCCACUUUUUUCCCCCUCUUCUUUCUCUUUUUUUCUUUUGCUGGGCAUUAACUAGGCUUCAUUUCAGUGGGAGAAGUUUUUGGCAACUUUAGCUUUUAUUAGGAUCUUAGGAUUAGCUUUAUUUAUAUAGAUGAAAGACAAUGUAGGUGGAUAGUGGAACAAGAUUUUCAUGAGAAUCAUUUGGGUCAAUUUAUGAUGGUUUUUAGCCUUUUCUCCAGCCUCCUUGACUGAAUCGUGCUAGUUUUAGCGUGUUUUGAAAGAAUCUCUUCCCCCUUUACAAGUCAAGUUGAAUGACAAAGUAAUGUUGUCCUUGAUGGUCAAAACUGAUGAUGCCACAUGUGAUAGAAGGGAAGUGGGAAGUAGAUCUGCACAGGCAGUUAAGGGCAGUUCAGGUGGGGAAUCACUUAAGAGCUGGCACAUUCAUGCACACUUCAGCUCGUAACUGCCUGUGCACAGCCACAUCAUUCUUUCUUGCACCACUUGUGAUCCAUCAGUCAGUUUUAAUAGUCAUAAACAACUUGGAUGCCCCAUCUAGUUUGUGCAAAGGGAAGAGAUCAAGUGCUAUUCAGUCAAACAUACAUGUACUAGGGAAAUUAUGCAGAAAAUCUUUUCCACUACCCUGAGUGGUAAAUCCUUAAAAAGCAUUCCUGCCGACCAUUAUCCUUGAUGCCCAGCAAAGUAAAAAAAGGGGAAAAAUCUCUGGUGGCAAGUGGGUCAAAGUAAAUGGAGCAUUAAUUUUUCUCUUUGAGGAACCAAUGUAGUGAUGUCACUGGUACAAUAAUUGUACCAGUGACAUCACCACAAAAUCCCUGUUACAAUAAUUGUAACAGUGGUUUUGUAUGUUAACAAUAAUAUUUUGAACUUGAAAAUUGGCCAUGAGUGAUGCAUUUCAUUCCUCCAAUGUUUGUAUGACUCAUUCAUGACCAAUCUCUUGUUUGUCAUGUGAUUUUUACAAAGUCGAUCAUUAUCUUUUAAUCUUCUCAAACAUUAUUUUGAGCCGUUUAGUUUGACGGAGCUGUCAGUUGAAAGUUGUUCGCACCUUCAGUGCAUGUAGUUUUAACGUUCACUCUUCAUGUCAUUUUUUUGCAUGCAUGUGAGGAUUAGAAGGGUAGAAUUUUGCUAUUACAGGUAGUGAAAUUGAAGAGGAUUGCAUGGCUUUUGCAUUUACAUGAAAAUUAGUUAAUGUUAAUGUGAAAAAUUAUUACUUAUUGCAGUCAAAUACAGUGCGCAUCAAAUUUGAAUUUCGAGGAGAGAAAAGGUGAGGAUGCAUUAUGAUUUAUUCUAUUUGUUUAUUUUUUCAGUCAUGUGAAUGUUUGAAAAUGUGAACUCUUCUAGGUGCCAAGGGCAACCCCAAGGGCAGGGGUUUUCCCCACCACUUUGAGCCCUUGUGCUUUUUUGAGGGGACUUUUAUAAUAAUAAUUAUUAAUUAUGUAAUCUACUUUUUUUUCUAAAAUCUACAACUGUAUUGACUUAAUUGUCCAUGGGCAAGUCUGUUCAUUCAUUUGUUUGUCUUUGGACAAUAUCAUUUUUAGCAAGUACACCAUAAUUAUAUACUAUUAAUUCGUCAUCAAGUUGUUUUAAUGAAUUUGUUGCUUCAUUGCCAACCCAGUGUGUUCCGUUGUUUUGGUUUCGUGCCUUUUUUUGUCAGUGAGGUCUAUUUUGUUUUGUUUUUGUUUUUGUUUUUGUCCUGUUUCCUUUUCUCAAGUCUAUUACAAUGUUGUCAACUUUUGCAUGUUCUAUCAGUAAUACAAUAAUAUUAUUAUGCUGAUACAUGUAAAUCAUAAUUUUUUAUUGGUAUUGUUUUACCAGCUUAUUUUUCGUCUGUAUUUCCAAGGUUUAUCUAAUGGGUGCCCUGUCAGCAUUGCAAAAAUCAUUAUUUUCGGUGGCAAUUAAUACUUGCAGAAUACAUGUGUACUGUAGCUGGAGUAUUAUUUUUGUCCACUGCUUGCCAGCCAUCUUUGAGCUUAAGGACAGUAAAAAAUUCCAACUGGCAGAUGCAAUAGCUUAAUAAUUAUGCAUAUGCAACAAAUAUGAAUCCACCGUUAAUUUCAUUACCAUGAGUCUGAUGUGAUUUAAAUAACUGUAAUUGAUAUUUCUUUUAAUAAAUUAGUACACUGUUUAAGGUAAUUUAUCCUCUUUCUAAUUUCCUUAGGAUAAUCCCAAUUCCAAGGCCUGUUAUUUUGUCAGAGCUGCUUGUAAAGGUGAAGACGGCUUAUGGACAGGAGUUGACUAUGAACUAUGUUGGAAAUGAGGUACAGAUUGUACAUGUUACUCACAGUAAAUUUUAUGAACUAAUAAUGGCAUGUAUACUCCGGUAGUUUUUGGAAAGUAAUUGUGACACACAAUGUGUAGUAACUGCACAACAGGUGAUGAACAACUAUGUGAUGGGUUACCGUAAAAUUCUGAAAAUAAGCCCCUCCAUGUAUAAGCCCCUCCAAAUAUAAUAUUAGCCCCUCCAACUCGUAACGCAAAACCCCUCCGUUAAAUUGCCCCUCCAAAUAUAAGCCCCUGGGGGCUUGUACUUGGAAAUUGCCUUCAAAUACAAAGUAAAACAAACCAAAAUUAGUAAAUUUCCUUCCAACUAUAAGACUAGCCCAAUCAAUUUUGAAGUGCAAAUUUCCUUCCAAAGAUAAGUCCCUCAAAAAGGGCCUUUGAAAAAUAUAAGCCCUGGGGCUUAUUUUCAGAAUUUUAUGGUAUUCUCAUUGAUGAUCAGUCGAAUUUUUUAAACGCAGUAUUGUAUUACAUAAUAUAUUAUUGUAAGUGACAUCAUUAAUUUUAUGAUACCAACAAGCUCUUUGUCUAUUUAUACAAUUAGACCAAGUUUUGGUUAAUGUAAAGUGGGAUGCUUAUAGUGGCCUGCGGCGCUGUUCACCUUUCAGGCUUUAAUAAAUUGAAGAAGCACUGCUUCAAACUUUGAACUCUAUUUAAAUCCCACUUGUAGUGUUGUAGGUGAAUAUUCCUAAUGAGUCAAAUUCUUAGGGAGCACACAGUUGUAUUAUUUUUGCAAAUAAUAUGUACAUUUUGUGGUGUAUUGGGUGCAGGACGUGUACCAGAAAGAGUGGUGUGUAUGCAGUGAUGUUUUUUUGCUUAUUAACUAUUGCCUUUCAAUGGUCUCACAUAUUCAUCAUCACCAUGAUUAUUGCUGAAUCUGUUAAUGUUUGUCUUUGCACCCUGGAUGGAUAACCUGAGAAAAAAGCCAACAUUUCAUGACAACACUGAGGUGAAGUGACACUGAAGUGACAUCUGAGAAACAAGUGCAGAAAUUCCAUACUGAUGAUGUGCCACUACCCAGAUCUGGUUAUUGAGUGCUUCUGAUUGGUUGGAAAUAUGUUUCAUUCAGUAUUGUAAUCAAAGUGCAGUCUCAGUAAUUAUGAUGUCGCAACUGUUUCAAGUUAACAGAAGCUGCAACAUCAGAAGGCAAAAAUGGGAGACAAAUUUGUCCACUGUAGUGUAAGCUGUUAUUGUUGGGAGGACUGGGUUAAUUAUUAAUGAUACAUCAUGUUUUUCUUUUACAGAUUGCAAAUGCAAUUCCUAUUUUAAGCCAGGCAGACCUUGAUCAGGCCAUUGAGAUUUUGGACAGAAGCCAACACCUCACAAGUUUGAGAAUACUCUUGUCUUUACCUAAUGGUGUCACCGAGAAUGCUGGACACCACAGCAUGAAAACAAAUUCCUCAAUGUUGCCUCCCAGUAAUCCAAAGGUUGGGUCUUUCUUUGGAAUUGCUAGCAAGCCAUUUUAUGUAAGUGAUUGGAUUUUGAUUUCAUGCAGUGUUCUCACCAGGCCAUGGCCUUGUAGGAUUCCCAUAAGGAAAUCUAGCUUAGAUGGCGCAUAAAGAAGAAGAAGAUGCACCCUCUAGGGUGCAGGGGCAUGCUACAAGUCAAACAGACUUUUGAACAUCUACAGUUAAGUAGUUUUAAUGGUGAACCUACACUGUAACACCCCAGCAUUUGGCUUGGUCGUAUGAAUAAAAAAACAUGAUAUCAAAACAUUUCAAAGUCUUAAAAUUUUCAUUGGUCCCAUGUACAUUGCGAAGAUUCGUGCAUAUACAUCGUUAUCGAACCAAAAACACCCUGUCUGCCAUAUUGGAUCAGGUAGGUUCUUCACGUAACAGAUCAUUUGGAGUGGGGGCUUAGGUUAUACCUUUGUCCCCCUAAUGUUCUUACAGGGCCCCUGUUUCUCAACAGAGGGGGCCCUGGGAGUCCCGCCCAGGCAAAAUCCUUGUGAGAACACUGUUCAUGUAAACUACAGCUAGUGUACUUCAAAUAAGAACUCAUCUUAUCUGUGAUGUGUGCCUUGUACAAUGUAAACGUUCACUCAGGGCACCUUGAAAGUUGCAUUAUGAAAAUAUUGAUCAAUAUACUGAGUGUUUAUUAUUAUGUGUGGCCUACAUGUGGUACCUCCCUACUCCACCCAGGGUUCUCAUUAAGGUUUAAAGUAGACAGCUAGGAUGUGAAGGUAGGUGGUUUGGUAACUGAGUGCUGUAGGUAAUUUCAAGCUAUCACUCUCUCACUUUACCCUUUUUCCCCAAAAAGUAGACAGCUCAAACCUCCAAGUAGCCGUUUUUUUAGCCAGCUGCUGGUGCUUAAUGAGAACCCUGUCCAUCAUUGAAAAAAUUACAUGUAUUUUAAUGGUUAUUGAUUGCUUAAAAUGGACCUGUUUUGUGAAAGCAAAAUGAUUAAUUUUAGAAGUCUAGGUCACUAAAAUUGGAGCAAGUAUGUGUUUCACAUAUGAAUAAACCCCUAGCUUGGGGAGUACUUCUUUAUUUCACUGUAAAAUGAGUUACACUACGUGCCUAGAUUGAAACACUGAUCCUGGUUAUCCAGAAGAAUUCUGCUCUUCUUCGUCAUGCAAUUUUUUUUCUGUCAGUGAUAUGUGAUUGUUGUUGUGAGAUGAAGGUAAAUGCCUUUUUUUUUGUUUUUUCUUGUCGGAAACCACAGAAAAGAGGACGGCCCACAAGAUAUGGCUUCUUAGGACACAGGUAAGAAAAAGAACUGUUGAGAUGGAGUAUUAUUUUUUACUCAAGCCAAAUCACCCAACCAGGGCUGUCAAAAAGUUUUUAAGUAGCAGGCUGCUACUGAAUAGUAGGUGACUUUGGACCUCGCACCAAAGGCACAAGUGCUUGACGGCCAAGACAUCUAGGACAUUUUUGAAAUAGUCCAUUUUCGAGUUCGCUAUGACCGCUGAAUUAAAGAAGUGAAGACGCAUUUUUUACAGCCUUAGCCUCAAUCUGAAGUAAUAUAUUCACAAAUUCCAAUGAGAAAAAGACCUAUUUAUUACUCUGUCUAUUGUGUAUAUUCAAAUUUCAAACACUUGCUUGCCAAUUUCUGAAUAUUUUUCUUUACGUGGAGGCUAACCCUGUAUAAAUGUGUCAUUAAUGUUUAUAUUCAGCGGUAAUUUUUAAUUCAAAACUGGACUAUUUAGAGUCUCGGGAAUGCCAUUUCCAGAGGUUUUCAAGAGGUAUUUUCCACCGCGAUGCCAUGUUGUUUCAUCAGAAUACAUCAUUUUGCAAGACUGGGAACAAUGUUGUCGAAAUGUCCCAGGCGUUCCACGACAUCACACAGUUUGAACGUUUCACAGAUCUAAACAUUUUUAAAUAUGCGUUCAGUGUCAUUCAAAACUGGGAAGCAGAUGCUUUACAAAUAAUAGUUAUUCGAUGGUGCUUAUUUUUUGUUAGCAGUUAUGGUAGAAGGAAAUGAAAGUAGCUGGCUAAGGAUGGCUGACUAGCCAGUGGUUUUGGCUGGCUACUGGCCCUUAUUGACAGCCCUGCCCAACAUCCCCUUCCCUCUCAACCUGUCAAAAAACAAAAACGUUGGUCCUUGAAAACUCCCUAGAGGCUUUGAUUUGUAUGACUGUAGAAAAUGUCUUCUUACAGUGUAUAGCUACCUGUAGCCUGGGAUUCAUACAGUGUAUGUCAGGAAAAACUCAAAUGAUUGAGAAUUUCACCCUAUACUGACCAUCCCAGAGUUUACAGAUAGGGUGGAAAAUCCAGGUGUCCCAGAUGUCGGUUUGAUUUGUGAAUGGGGAGGCAGUAGCCAAACAAUAGGGCUUUGUUGGCAUAUUGAUAUUCUGAGGUUGGAAUUCCUGGGGUAUCAAGCUUUAGGGUAUUGCUGACAUUCCAGGAACUUUGAGUGUCAUGAUGUAUUUUAGGAAUGAUGAGGAUGUUGAGCAUGCUUUUAAUUUCACUAUCCCACAUGAUUAUGGAUGUCUGUGAAUUUAUGGGCAUGAUCAUUGGGAAAAUCUGGAAUUGUAAGCAACCAGUGAAAUAAAUCAAUGUCUAGAAUUUUUGAUAAAAAAUUAGUAUCAGUGAAAACCAGGUUUUUAUGUGAAGUAACUUUCUAAUUAACAAAAAAUAAAGGCAUCUUUCCAGGUCACAGUCCACACCUGAUGAGAUAGCGCAUAUCGCAUACAUGGCGGUGGAUCCACCCAAUACUCCGAGUCUUUCCAGAUACAAUUACAUCCAGUAUAUGUCGUCAAGUAGCAUCAACACCACAGGGCGUAAUUCACCUCCACCUGGAUUUCAUCAUGACCAGAUCCCUAUGCAGCCUUUUCAUAUGGUCAGGGUAAGGUUUUAUUGACUGUUUUCUUCAAUGUGAAAAGCUGUCAAGCUACACUAGGGCUUUGUCAGCAUAUAAACUGGUAUUAGUAUUCUGAGGUUGGGUGUCCUGUGGAUCACAUUGAGGAGCAAAGGGGUCACUCUGCCAGCUCCAAUCUGCCAACUGACUAGUAGUAUUUUACAGGUUUAGACUUGCAUGGGAAGCCAAACUACACCUACAUUAAUUUUAAUAAUAUUGUACUCACAUUGUACAUUGUAAACGUAAAAUUCAAUGUUGUUAAGUUUGCAUUAAUUUAUAAAAAUUAAUACUGGAAUGUCACUGUCUAAGGUGCCCUAAUUAUUAUUGAACUUAACUGAACAUAAGUACAGCUGUAAAGUAGGUGCAUGAAGUAUAAUUACUUGUGACAGUUUUUAAGUUGUAGAAUUACACUUUACAGGUGCAGAGUCCUAGCAAAAAGCAAAACCCUGUAACUUGAAAACUAGAUGGUUUAACCAGUACACGAAUCCUCUGAUACAAUGUAGCAGGGCAACCUUUGUGUUCACAUGCACAUUUGGUUCAAUUUUUUAAUUCUGUCUUGUUUAAAUUUUGUCUUAGGUCGGAGAUAAUGUUAACGGACUCUGAAGCAAAGGAAAACAAAAAUCAAACUGUUUUAAAAAGUUUUUGAACUAAGAAAAAAUUAAUAACCACAAUAUAAAAUACACUGUUUGUUCCCCAUACCUUCCUGAAAAUGUUUUGUCAAUGCCACAAGGUAAUUAUUGUAUUUUUUCUUCUUUUUUUUUUCCUUAUACUUGUAAAGGGCGAGGGAGAAUUUAUUCCAGAAAGUCAAGAUCAUGUGGUAUGUAUAACAUGGAAUAUUGUAUCAGAUUAAUUGACUCCUUGUGUCAUAUUAAUUUCGUUCAUUUUGAAAUGUUACCCUCUCUUUCGGGUUAAUUUUCUUAAUUGAAAGUCCUUUUCCACUGAAUUUGCAGUUAUUUAAGUUGCGUUAAUUUCCUAAAAUAAGGUACAAUGUACUACAAUACAUGAAUGUAUCAUUAUUUUUUUUAUUUUGGUUUGUUGUGUAUUUCGUACACACAUAAUAUACAUAAUAUAAAGGUGGGAUUGAAAAAUUUUCUUUUAAGACUUGAACGAAAGAAAAACAUCAACAAGUUUAUCAUGAAAGUGAGUAGUUCCAAAAAAUAUCCAUACACCCCACAUACAUGCAGGGCACUUGUACUUUAGACCCCCCAUCCCCUUGAAUUUCCACCCCCCUGGAAUUUCUGUGAUUUUUUUCCAACUUGGUUGGGUAUCCCCAUUAAAAAAAGAUCAUCAAUGAAAACAGUAAGUCUUCUUUUGAAAGUGAAAUAACUGGUACACUGUAGCUUGCUCAACAGAGGCUCAGCUGGUAGUUUCUAAUAACUCACCAAUCUUGGAGCCCCCAGAAAAAAGACCUUGAGAAGCCACCCCACCCCCCUUGGACAUUGCCUCCUUUUGGACCCCCUCCCCUCAGAAUUUCUUUUGCCCUUCAUGGUGGAGGUAUGGAUAGUUUCUAGAACUAUACAUUGCUGAAAUUUAAUAAAUUGUCUAUACAAUAAUAUCGGCAGGUUUUGCCAAGAAUGCCAAGACAUAGUGCAUGGUUUGAUCCACUUUCUCACAGCCAGGUAAGAUAGUCUGUUUACUCAAUAUUGAUACAAAAGUUUUGCAUGUAAUACUAUUGUUUUGUUUCUUUUUACACCUUAUGUAUGUCCAAUUGUUGUUGUCAGUUUUAUCAUUAACCCUAUAUUUUCCGUAUUAAUUUUUUUGUUUUCUUAAUAAUUGAUUUCUUGAGAGCAAAAUAUAGUGCUUGGACAUAAAUUUAAAGGCUAUAGUAACAUUAUUAUGAAUUUGCAAGUGGCAUUCAAUGUUCUGCAUGCAUUUGCAUAAUAUCAUGUCCAAAAAGAGUUUUAAUACAUGGAGGUGUCAAAUUUAUUCCUUUCAGGUCAGGGUGCAUUCCAGUCCAAGUUCUGAGGGAUCUUGGAAAGGAUCAUCAUUUUCUGUGGACAGGUUGGUUGGCACAAAGUUAGCACCUUUUUGCAUUCCGACGUGUUCACUGCGUUUUGGUCCUUUCCUUCUUAUCUGGACCAUUACUUAAUUUUACAGUGCAGUAAAGAGUCUGAACUUUGAACUUUGUGAUUUUGGUAAAUGUUGGGAGUAGCCAGCUGUGCCACAGUUGAAACUAAACCUACUUGUUACGUAUCGCUGCAAGCCAGUGCCAAAAUCUUUGUUCAGGGUCCCCCACUCUAUGUACCAGGAUUUGAGUACAUGCCAUGGUUGGCCUUGUUUCAUUGGCCAAUCAGAUUGAAGGGAAAUUUCAAACACACUUCAGGUUAUUCCUUGAGUCCGUUGGGGACCCAGAAAAAGAAUCUUGGUGCUGCUUCACAGACAUUACUAGCCCGCCAGGUUAGAUUACCCUAGGUCUGCCACACAGGCUAUGUUGGGAGUUGAAGAUGCUUUUUUCUUUUAGUGGUGGAGAGUUACAAUCAUUCCAUACUUCAACAAGGUCUGCAUCAAACAGUUCAUUAGUCCUCACAACAGGAAUGUUUUCAUCAGGUAAAGGCCGCAAAAGUUUUAAGAGUCUAAUAUUAAAUCAGCAAAAAUUAAUUACUGUGGUACAAAGUUAAGUUUGGCACAGUUAGUUGAUGCGCGGCCUACUGUGUUAGAGGUCCUGCGUUCCCCAGAUUGACUUCAUAUCUUCCUGUGUAGCUUUAAGUAGGUUUAAUUACCCGUAAAACAGAGCACUGAUGAAUGGAGGGUGGUAAAAUGAGUGCAUCGUGGGCCUCAGAUGUGCUAGUUUGAUGAUAGCUAUUUGGAGCUACCAACGUAUAGUAAGGAUGCCUUAGGUUUACUCUUGUAAACCUUAGAAUAGAAGGGUUUCGCAUGCACCUUGCACAGUGCCUUCUUUUGUUGUUAUAGAAGAGGACUUGACUGAUUCAAAAGCACACACAUAUCCCAGAAGAAGGAGCCAUACUAUUGGAAGUUCGAAUGCGGAAUUCCAUGAUGGUAAGAAAAUGAAUCUAUUUCUUUUAAAAUGUGUUUGGUCACACUUUAGGAUUUCAUCCACAGACUUACAAGGUUGAACCACCUUGUAAAGUACAUGUAUAAUAUACAUUUGUACAGCACCAUGGGAAAGUACUGCUUGUAAGCUUUUAUUUGAAUGGUUUCACCAUAGGAUUUUAUUCACAGACUCAAAAGUUAGACUGGACCACCUUGUACUUCAUAAUCAACGACACCACAGGACAGUUCUGCUCAGUAGCCUUCCUAUGAACAAACUUGUAGAGCAUAGUAAGCAGUUCCACAGGAAAGUGCUGCUCAGUAGCUCUCAUCUCAAUGGUCAAACUUAUGGAUUUCAUCCACAGACUCAAAAGUUAGAGCCACCUUGUACAGCAUAAUAAACAGUACCACAGGAAAUUACUGCUCAGUAGCUUUCAUUUGAAUGGUCAUACCAUAGGAUUUCAUCCACAGACUCAAAAGUUAAAACCACCUUGUACAGCAUAAUAAACAAUACUACAGGAAAGUACUGUUCAGUAGCUUUCAUCUCAGUGGUCACACUUAACAAUUUCAUCCACAGAUUCAAAAAUUAUAAACCUCCGUGUAUUUCAUUGGUACAACGUAACUAUAAGUAACACGUUAAAUACAAUGUGGUCUACAAACGAAUACUUUAGGAUUAUCUGUUGCUGCGGAAUGGGCAAAUGAAUAAGCCCUAAGGUUACUUACAAUUAAACGCAAAUCAUGCGGUUGGAAAUCUUGUGCAUACAAAUAAAACUAUAAAUUUGACAUGUGGGAGAACGAUCCGCUACAAAGUAUGUCUUAAUCAGCUACACAGGCUAAAAAGAAUAUAAAAUUGCAUCGCUGCAAAUCAUGCACAUGCAGCCCAUAAUUCUUUUCUGAGGCUUAAACGGAAUAGCACAAACCAUUUGAUUUUCGCAACAGAAUUUCCGGUUUUCCCAUGUAAACUGUAUGUACCCCAAUUGUUUUCCAGGAAACCAGAUAUACAAUGGAACUCAAAAUUCUCGCAAGCCCAUUCCCCCCUCAAUGAGAACAGACCAACAACUAAGCCCUUCGAGUAGCAGUAGUAGCAGUAGUGGUCUGUUGGCAGACAUUGAUAAUGUGGGAAGCAGACGACCAAGACGAGAAUCUGAGCUCGAGGCUGCUGUGCAGAGGCUAAAAGAUAUGUCUGCGGUGGAACCAAAAGGUAAUGGCUGGAAAAGGAUUUUGAUAAUAAAACUAGUAAAAAUCAUUGAUUAUGGAUCCGCGUUCGUCUUAUUUAUAGUCUCACAUACCUAUGUCUUAUUCUACGAGCUUGACAUCUGCACGAAAACGAGACUAAAGGAAACGAAAACGAGUCCAAAGGAGUCCAGUUCCUUGCGACCGAGAUGCCCCUGAUAAAACUAGUUAAUAGGGGCGGCUAAUCGGCAGUCGCCCGUGAUAGCUUGAAAAUUUCUGCCUUUGUGCCAUAGGAACACCAGACUAGGAUGCGGUCUGACCAACGCGAUUAACUGUCGUGAAACUAAAUUAAUCCCUACAUGUAAUACUCUAAGACUGCAUGCAAUGGUUCCUAAAAAAAGUGGCGACCGAGUAUUUUUAGCCAACGUAGAUAUGUCUGAAUAUCAGACAAUUGUUUGGUUUAGCUUCUCAAAUGAUCGAUACACAUGCAAUUCUUGAAGAAAUUUAAAGCUGUAAUUCCCGGAGUUCUUGGUAAUUAGCCACUCUAGAAACGAGAAAGAAACUGGGCCAAGUUAAACAUCAGCCUUUUAGUGCAAAUUGGUGGGGCGAUAUAAGCACCGUUAUGUUCUGAUGACUCUACACAAAUCCUUGUCGCAUAACGGUGCGUAUAUCCCCACAAUUUGCACUAACAGGCUGAUUUUUAGCAAGUGGACAUUUUUCAUCUUGUCCUUUCUGGAACUAUCCCAUAAUUUUGCAAAUUUAGUUUUUUGUGACGUCAUCACUUCUCUAUUUGUAUCCGUUAUGCAUGUUUUCUUUACUGUAGUGAUUUCCUCUGUUUUCUCUUCAUGAAUGUUUGAUGAGUUGAGGUACAAAUGUGGAAACUACUCCGUUUAUUUCCUUGUGUUUGACUCUCUCUUAAGUUUGCUUUUUCAUUAGCAACAUUCAUGAACAUUUUAUUCCUUGGUAUUCUUUCCACAGUACCUCAAGUUCCUGAAAACUGGACAAAAGGAAAGCUCCUUGGAGCUGGAGCGUUUGGACAGGUAAGGUGUAAGCUAUCAUGAGCAAGCUUUAAGCUGUGUCCUGUUUGGUCACCAUGAGGGAUAGCAGUAAACUUGUAUUACUGUUACCCACUGACGUCAUAGAUCCGCUCAAAGAUUUUGGCGGGAAACAUUUUCAUGGUUACAUGUAGAUGUCAUGUGACCGCGAAGUACAAACUGAUGGUGCGUCUGUCGGGGAAGGUUGAUAGAGCAAGGGGAUUUGGUAAAACCUCAAAUUGAGCCGCAUAAUAGAUACCAAUUUCCGGCCGAAAACCCUCAGAAAUGUGGGGAGUAGCUAAAAGGGCGUCGAAACAAAAAAAAACCGGUUGGAGACUUCAAUGUGAAUCACAGCUAGGACUGCACUCAUAUGGGGCAAAAGUAGAUUUCCCCAAAAUUAUCCGAGGGCUUUUGCUAAGCUUCCUUUUCCCCUCCAGAGAUGGCGCGCUUUUGCUCUCACAAAAAUUUCUAACUACCAUCCACGGAGUGAGUGUGGAUAUUCUCAUUGUAAGCACCGACAUUAUAAUAAUUAUUGUGCGAAGCAGCAUGGGCUGUUGGUGUAGCUUGCGAAAACAGCCGUUUCUCCUCGCUCCUCGCCGCUGGGGACGUUUCGCAAAAUGGCUGUUUUCGCAGGCUACUGUUGGUGGGGUAGGUUUGUAACUUCAUUGUCGUGAGUUCUUGUCCAGUGCUGACCAAUAGCUGGUCAGCAAACAUUUCUUCAUGUAGGAUUUUAAUUCCAGGGCUACAUCGUCCUGCUGGGUGAUGUUCAACUUGAAAAAAACAUGACCGCAGGUUGCUCAGUAAUAGGCACUUAAAAGGUAGGUUGAGUUUGAUCGUCCGGGUGAACGUAGUCCUGAAUAGGACUGUUGUUGUAGUCACUGUCAACAACAACAGUCCUAUUCAGGACUACGUUCACCCGGACGGUCAAACUCAACCUACUUUUGAAAUGACUCCUGGGUUCAAACCUUUCACAAUAAACACUUAAUGACUGGUCCGUCGGGAGACAGUUAAUUUUGUUUCCUGAGAAUCUCAAUGUUCCUCGGGUAACAUUGAUAUUCUCGGGAAUCAAAAUUAACUGUCUCCCGACGGACCGGUCUUUAAGUGAUUUGUUAUAUAGCUGGAAAUUUUGAAGCUGGAAAUUCAUUAAUCCUUGUAGCGGCAGUCGUCGGUAAACGUCGGCGGGUAACAGUGCAAUGUUACUCUCUGACGUCAUAGAUUUUGUUAUGUUGCCCGCCCAGAGAUUUUGGCGGGAAACAGUUCCAUUGAUAGAUGUCAUGUGACCUCAAAGUAACAAAUGAGGCGGAGGGCGCGCACUGUUGGGAAAAAAUUUCCAGCUAUGUAACAAAAUUUAUUGAUAUCUUUUUUUAAGGUAUACCUGUGUCAUGAUCAUGAUACAGGAAGUGAAUUAGCCGUCAAACAAGUUGAAGUGGGACUUUUAAAUACAGCAACUCAAAAGGUGCGUCAACGCUUAAAUAAACCUAUACUUCCUUCUUGGAUAUGUACUAGUUUAAAACCUUGAUUGUAUUGUAAUUUUAAAUAACACUAUUUACCGUGGAUUAUGUAAUGUCGCUCCAUCUUUUAAGAACACUGUGCAUAGACUGCGGGUGGUCCCACGUUUUCUUCAGUUAUAUCAGAGCGAGCAAACUACACGAGCGCACGUUGAGAUUGCCAACCGCGAGGAAGGUGACACGCGGAGGAAAGAUGAAAGUCGCGUUUCUCGUGGGUGGCGAUUUUCACGCGCACUCCCUCGUUUCGCUUGCUGUUCUAUCCCUGCGAAAAACCGACGUUUUAUCUGAAUAGUCGACCUCUAACUACGCCUUGCUUACCACGUUUGCAGGAAGUAAACGCCCUUGAAGCAGAAAUCGAUCUUUUGAAGAAUCUUCAACAUGAAAGAAUAGUUCUGUACUAUGGAACAGAACAGACAGAUCUUCAUGUAUAUAUCUUCAUGGAAUACUUACCCGGGGUAUGAUUUUUUAAGUUGAAGUGGUCAUGAUUCAUUCUAGAUAAUAAUUUUGCCUUUCAAGUCAAAAGUAACGGUUGCGUUACAUGUAGCAGAUGUUAAAUGUUCGUACAGAACGCUGAAACUUUUCUCGAUUCCUGUUUUAAAAAAUGGCUUUCGUUAUAUCGCAAAUUCUUUAAUUCUUGCCUAUGGCCGCGAAUAAACUACGUUUGAUUUUUCACAAGAUACAGUCCGGUUGUGCGGGCAGUCCGGUUGUUUUCCCAUGCGGGCAGAGCAAAGGUCUCGGUAAAUGAAAAUUUUAGUACAUUUGAUUUUGUUUUUUUUGGAUUUUUGGCAUGAGUGGGUCCUAAAUUUUAUUUUGGGAAAAAGAAAAUCAGGUUUUUUAACCGUUCAAAAUGAUUUUUUGCGCUAACCAGCCAAGCGUGGACCUCGCGCUAAAUCUUUAGAGCGUUUUCCCGACCUCCAGUCGAUUUAAGGUUUGAAACUUUCAGAUAUGAUGGAUAAUGAUAUAGACUCAAAAAGGGUGUGAGGAAUUUUCCGAUUUCCUUUGUAACUCAUUUUAUGUCAGUCGCGCUCGAGAUUCGACUUUUUAGUUUGAAAUGCAACCGCUAAUACGAGACAUUGUAUCCUGAAUGUUUUAUUUUAUCUGAAUCAGAAAAUAAAAAGCAUAAUAUUUACUGCUAAAAACUCGAGGUUUUACCUUUUUGAACUCGAUUAAAAUCUUUUAUAAGACGUCUUUUGUGAUAUAUAACAGAAAAUACUCUUUUUUUUCUGCUUUUCCUUUACCGAGACCUUAGAGCUAAUGUAAUUUUAGAAGAGAAAGUAUAAUAGUACAUUUUACAUGUUGUUUCUGUAAAUGCCAUGUUGUUUCUGUAAAUGGCAGGCUUAUGGAACAAGUAUUUUUGAAAAGGGCGUUAAAUAAGAGGACGUAUUUUCCAAUUGUACAAUGAAGCAUUUAGUAAUGUUAAUGUCGUCUGCCUUUUGGCUUUGCUUUUCCACAGGGAUCUGUGCAUGACCAUAUAAAACAACAUGGAGCCCUCAAUGAGAGCUUAACAAGAAAGUAUACAAGACAAAUUCUUGAAGGAGUGUCUUUUUUGCACACAGCUCUUAUAGUACACAGAGACAUUAAAGGUAAAACAUUAUCAUCAUUAUUUUCCAUCUUGCUGGUGUUCUUUGUUUAUAAUUUAAAAUAAAAUCAGUGCACUUUAUGACAGCCACCUCAGGGACAGAAGAAAGUGGCCAUUGUACACACAGUGUGGGUGGGGCAGGUAGGGGAGAGAGGAGGUUUAAUGUUCACUCCUCCGCCGAGGCUCCCGCUGGGUAUUCCAAUAAAAAAUGGUAAGCAUGCGGUGCAUGCGCGCUUUCCUUUUUUACCCUCCCCACCCUCGUUAGGACACAAAGAGGCCUCUUUGGAGGAGAGAGGCCCUAAUUUGAAGGUAAUUUUGGGAGAGGGGAGAACAAACCAGCGGCUAGUGGCCGUUGUUUUUCAACCUUAAAGAGAGGUUAAACCUGGGGUGAAUGUAUAGACUUUCCACCGAGACAAAAAUGAGUAGCCGUUGAGGAGAGCUGGCCUUUAGUACAGAGUAGACGUAGACUGAAAAAUUCAGAUAAUAUUUGAUUUAAGGAAUAUGCCCAUUUCUUAUGGUUGUCAUACUUUUCAUCUUUGAAGGAGCAAACAUACUCAGAGAUCUUCGUGGCAAUGUAAAACUGGCAGACUUUGGAGCUUCGAAAAGACUACAGGUAAAAUCGAAAGUUUUAAUGGGCUGUUUUGUAUUUGUGUUACUUUUGGCGCGUUACCCAAUCAACGAAACUUGAAACUCAAGUAAAAACAGAAUUCCUUCUGUGUGAACAACGAGGAUUACAGUCAACUCUUACUGAGACGGACACCUUGGGGACCAGCAGUAUGUGUCCGUCAUAGAGAGAUGUCCGUCUUAUAUAGAAUCAAAUAAAGGGAGUAAAGAAAGGCAGGGACCAACUCCGAGUGUCCAUUUUACAGAGGUGUCCGUCUUAUAGAGGUGUCCGUUAAGAGAGAGUAGACUCUAUAGCCGAUUUAGUGUCGGCAAGUAUGAGCAGUAUUUUUCAUCUAAACGUCCACACCCCAGGAUUUAUUCCGCCAAGUCAAAGGUUAGAAUGAUCAAUAAGUAUUAAGUAUGUGUUUUUAUGUAAAUGAUCAAAUGUAGGUUGUAUUCUUCUGUAAAUCCAUGGGGUCUUAAACCGUCUUUGGUAGCACUUACAGUGCUUACUAGUAAUUGUUUUAGCAUUUUACAAAAUGGGAGUAAAAAGACUUAAAUUAUUAAUCCAGUGAGGUGCAACCUUUUUCAUGUACAUAAGCGUCCGAGAAUUUGGGGGGGGGAAAAACGCACUAACGUUUAAAGACGGAAAUGACGGAAAUGUAAUGUUUGUGGGCUCCAUAAAUGGGCUUUAAAAUGACUUAGCUAUACAUGGCACUGCUUUAGUAAGGGCUUUUGUUCCUUUUUUUUCUGCAGACAAUUCGUAGUAAAACAGGGUUCCGAUCUGUUCAUGGAACACCUUACUGGAUGGCACCCGAGGUCAUUAAUGGCGAGGGGUAUGGAAGAAAGGCGGAUAUCUGGUAAGUUCAGUUUUGGUCACACUUUUUAUACUUCCAGAACCAGCUUGUAGAGCGUAAUAAACAGAAACACGAAGGAAUUCGCGUACUAAGUAGUUCAGUUUCAUUUGAAUAGUUACAUACAGGGAUUUUGUCCACAGAAUCAAAAGUUAGAACCACCUUGUACAGCAUAAUGGACUGUACCAUAGGAAAGUACUGCUCAGUAGGUUUCAUUUGAAUGGUCACAAUUCAGGAUUUCAAUCACAGACUCAAAAGUUAGAGCCACCUUGUACAGCAUAAUAAACAGUACUACAGAAAGAGUACUGCCCAGUAGCUUUUAUUUGAAUGGUCACACUUUAGGAUUUCAUCCACAGACUCAAAAGUUAGAACCACCUUGUACAGCAUAAUAAACAGUAGGAAAGUACUUCUCAGUAGCUUUCACUUGAAUGGCGACACUGCCUUUAAAGUUAACAGCCACCUUGCUAUUGAAUGCGACAGAACUAAAAACCAGAACUACCUUGUACAGUAUAACAAUGAAAGUAGUUUUCAGAAGCUUUUAUGAAAAUGGUUACAGUACCAAAAGUAUUUUUAUUUUUCUCGUUCACUUACGCAGACUUAGAUCCACCAUAUUGACAUGGAGCAAAGCAAAUUACUCCUGGCUUUUAAAUUUGAAGCUACCUGGUAAUUACUUAUCCUAUAAAAGAUUAAAAAUUUUGUUUUUGUCUCUUUUCCCUGAAGGAGUCUUGGCUGCACUGUUGUGGAGAUGUUGACCACCAAACCCCCGUGGUCAGAAUUUGAGCCAAUGGCGGCGCUGUUUAAGAUUGCAACGCAGCUCACAGAGCCUGCAUUACCGAUUGAUUUAUCAGAAGAUGCCAGGGAGUUUAUACAAUCAACUCUUAUCAAGUAGGUUUUUGUACUAACGAUGCAGUCACAAAAGGCAUUGCCAGUUAUGAAUGGCACGGCCAAGUUUUGUGUGGUGGACGUCGAACAAAACUAAGCCGUUAAGAUGCUCUUAAAUUACGAGUACAAUUGAUAAUGGUAAAAGGACUCAGUGGAGUCCAAUUCGGUCUGUAAUCACACCGGGCGGGAGUCCUUCAUGACGAGUAUGAUUACAAACCGAAUUUGACAACACGAAGUUCUGUUACCAAUUAAUCAGAACUAUAUCAAAAUUUGUGAUAUUUUCAGCUUUUUUAAAAUUAAAAUGCAAGAUUUUUUAUUUCGAGAAUAAAAUCAUACCGGGCGGGAGUCGUUUACGACGAGUAUGAUUACAGACCGAAUUUGACGACACGAAGUUCUGUUACCAAUUAAUCAGAACUAUAUCAAAAUUUGUGAUAGUUUUAGCUUUUUUAAAAUUAAAACACAAGAUUUUUUAUUCCGAGAAUUUUUGCCAGCAGUGGAAAAAAAAAACCAAUCCAGUGCGCGUGCGCAAUGGCGUGUACUGUUCAAUUACUUAGCGAAAGGGAAAAUUAUGGAAGUUUGUCAACAUGCCUCCCAAGUUAACCUCUUAAGUAUCGCUAUGAUUAUAGCAGUAAAAGUAAAGAAAGUUGUCUUUUUUAAAAGCAACGUAAUGCUACACCAGUAACAGUUAAUUAUAGACAGGAAUUUUUCUGGAUAUUUUAAAAAUUUCUGCGCUGCACUUGGCAACUUCAACGUUUGUAAAUAGCACAGUCAUGCAGUGGUAUUCAACUAUAAUAGUCCAUUUUAUAGUUGUGCGCUUAGUGUCCUGGUCUUAAAAUAGAAGCGAGGCUGGAGGAUACCUUUUUUAUUGCAAACCUUCCCAUUUUCUCAUCUGUUAAUAAACAUCUUCAUAGCGUUGUUAGCGCCACGAUUUCCUCAAGUCAGGGUUCGCACGGAGUCUUGAAUUCUUGAAAAGGUCUUGAGAUAUAUCCAGCAAUUUUCCUGACCGGGAAAAAGUCUGGAAAGCACGGUAAAAAGUCAGUAACAUAACAAGAUCACCUCCAGGACGCUAAGCGUACAACUGUAUAAUGGCUUGUUUCAUAAAUGGUAUUUGACACAGGCUGGUGUAGUGUUGGUGUCAUUGAAGUCCGUGUAAGAAAGAUUAUAAAGGAACUCCUUUACCAAUUGGGUGGACUUAAUAGGAUGGACAAUGUAGUUAAGUUACGAAAGAGGCCAUCGUGUGCUUAAAUUGUGUGUUCAUUUCCGUUUUCAUAGGAACUCAAGACAGAGGCCCUCGGCCGACGAGCUUCUUAGUUACCACUUCGUUCAAAACUCCGCUGUGACGACGUGUUUAUGACAUUAAGGAAACAGUGUUGCUGACAGGCAAGAGAGGGAUGUGUAAUUAUUCCCGUCAGUUGAAUACAGACAGGUUAGAUCAUGCGCUGUAAUCAAUCCCUGACUCAAACAGCCAAGAAGUUCUGCCAUCGUCAUUAGAGACAGUCAAGAAGUGAGAAAUCACGGACACUCAGUCGUUUCUACGAGUUCUUGACAGUCAGUCAGUCCUUUGGACAUUUAGCACUGCGAGGCAUAGAUACCAAUUUUAGCGCAGAUAAAAAGCUUUUGUAGCAGAAAACAUCAACAUCUAUGAAAUGAAUCAUUUCUUGACAAUAUUAUCAGAGGAGUGGACUGAAAGACGCCACCACAGUGAACAGGAGAAGCUCCAUUGAAGUAAUCCAUAUCCACUGGAAACAGAAAAGAUGGAGCAACGAAUAAGCGCUGAGGGGUAGCAGAAUAAUUUAUAGAGAACAAAGAGUAAGCCAGGUGAUAACUUUAUUGAAGGUACAUUGAGACAGUUAACCUGCAGAGGUAUUCCUAUUUCGGGUGAUUUUUAUACAUGAGUUUAACUGUUAAGUUAUUUUAAAUUACAUAUAAGGGAGGUUUUUAAUUAAUUUCGGUAAAAUCCAUCUUGCCAACAGAGUAUUUCUUUCAUGUGCUCGAUUUUGGAGUGCUCGUGAAUCGAAUUAGAUCUUUGUUGAGCAUGCGCUGAAUGUUGCUAGGAUACAGUUUCGAAACCCAGGCCUAAUAGCCAUGCGCUGGUAUAGCGGGCUCAGUUGUGACCAUCGGUUUAUCAUUAAACGGAAUGCUUGCACUCGAAAACCAGUUUGACGAGAGAAAACAAGAUUGACAAGUCUAGAAGUGAGGACUGCGUUGACUUCAAAGGCGGUUCAGACAUUUCUCCCUUGUUCGAUCAAGAAGAGGAGAAAAGGAAGGUUCUGGUCUCAGGGUGUGUAAUAUAUCACACUGGAGUCAAAAUUAGCUAAUCAUGCCUUAGCAAUGCAACUCUAAACUCAACGCGGUACUUCAAGUGCUUAUUUGAAAACCGCUGCCCAUAAGUUCUGAUUUUAGAGUAGCCAGAUAUUAAAAUAUAUUAAGAUAUUGUUGGUCAUGUUUAAUUAAUAGUUUAAAGUUAAAAAGAAAUUAAAACCGCGCUGUUAUGAAUGAUAAUUUUCCAAAAGUGUAAACUUCAAGUGAACUAUUGACAUAGCACAAGGUAAAACUAUUUUAUGAUCCUUAAAAGGCGAUCUACUUGUAAUAAUCAAAGGACAUCAAAUUGUCAUCUAAAAUAGAUACAAUGUAAUGAGUCGCGAUGAAAAAACAAAUGAAUUAAUAACGACUCGGAAUGUAGAAUUUACGUGUAAAAAAGAACGAAACACUUGACUUUGAAAGAUCUCGUGAAUUUGCAAGCUAUCGUCCGCAUUAAAACCUGUUGUCGUGUUUCAGAGAACUUUGUACGCAACUUUGUGUUUCUUUGUAUUUGUUGUAAUUCCCGAUUAAGUAUUCUUGGGUUUCUCGUGAGCGCUGGUCAUGCAUUCGUAAAAAUUCGACCAUUAUUGCUUUCUACGUUUUACAAGACAAGAAAUGAAACAAGAUGGCUGAAUGGAAUAUAAUUUACAUUUAUAUCUCAUUACAGAGAGCACGUCAAAAUUUCCCAGUUAAGUGCCUGUGAAAAAAAAAAUACAAAACAUAUAUACCAUAAAUGACCUCGUAAACACCCGGGGCGUCUAUUUAAUUUUAGGCGUCCAAGCGAGGGCGUUCAAAAGAGAGAGGCGUAUCAUUACUGUAACAAUCUCAAAAAAACUAAUAUUCUUUCGGCGAAAUUAUCAGGAGAGUUCAAAGACAGCGGAAUAUCCUCUUCUUCAAUUGAUACAUCUAGGCCGUCUAGAGAUCCAUAUCGCUCUUUGAAAUCCCAGCAUUAAUGUUAGAAUCCUCGCUCAUUGUUAUUGUGUUGUCAUCGUUAGUCUAUCCUUACUUUAAACUUGACGUAGAACAAGAUAAAAUACGCCAAGCCUUGUUAAUCAAGCAAGAAAGGGAAUGAAUUGAAUGAUUUUGCUCCUUUUUUGCUAAUUCCCAGUAUUUUGGACUAAUUCUCUCGUCUAUUAGACAGUGAGCGUUUAUUAGAGAGGGGCGUCUAAUUAAAUUUUACCCAUGUGGAGGGGGUGUUUAUUAGAUAAGAGGCGUUUAUUUGGAAGUGGUCGUUUAUUAGGUCAUUUAUGGUAUAUACUAACAGAAAAUAUCGCAAUCUAUUCACGGGGAAGUUCGACUCAGGUUAUUUGCCAAAUUUUUAAUUAGCCGGGUUAAAAGUAAAAUUGCAUUUGUCUAAUCACCGCGACUGACAUGGUUGGAGAUUUCAAGGAAACUGCCCACCUACCCCUCCCCUGACUCAACUUUAACAAGAACUCCUCACUUAAGACAAAAUGCUGGCUUAGGGGAGUGGUAGGUAGGCAGUUUCCUAGAAACCUAAGUCGUUUUUUCUUGGGAAAAUGACAAACUUGUUGUUCAUGUUAUUGUUGUUGUUAUUUUUAUUUACUUUAGUGCUGUAGUGGCAGAGACGCUCGUUUGUAAAUAUAGCAACUAUUGACAAUGUAAAAAUACUAAAAACCGGCCCAUUACUUGCACUGAAGUUUUAUUUACCGAGGAUCUUUUUUGAAUUAUAGGAAAAAAUUCUUUGCGAAGGCAUGUUAAUAACCGAAACAGUAAAAAAAUAUAUAUAUUGGAGACUAUGUAAAUACUUGAUCAACCUAAGUAAAUCUAUUUAGUUUAUUUCAAUAUAUUCCUUUUUUAUGUACGAUUUUUUGAAUGGAAAGCUCGCUUUGAAGCGUUGCAUGUAUUGAGCAAAAAUGUAUAUUGUAAAAUAUCUUUGUAGAUAAGUUUAUUGUGUAGAUAAGGUUAUAUUUUAAAGAAAUAAAUAUGAAUCUCUAUGACCUACUAUAAAGCGUUUUUCCAAUUAAAAAUUUAAGUAUUUGCGGU